AUUUUUGUGUACGCUAAACAUGCAGCGUGAUUUUAAAGGAUUUGUUACUUUUUCAAUAGCUUAUAAUGGACUUGGAAAUACAAAAUGUUGAAAAUGUAGAACUAUAUAAGCUGUGUAACCAAGGUCUGCCGCUUAGACAUGCAACGAUAUUUGCGUGUUUAGAAGGGCCUGCCAAAACCGAAAAUGAUGGGAGGCUUCACGGCCUUCGGCGGCCUGGGCGGAUGGUUGUUGGCAUUGGUGCUGAUGAGGCCGCCGAAAAUACUGACAUUGACGCCGUUGCCCUGGUUAAUAUCGAUAUCAAUAAUUCCUGGAAUUCUGAAGCCGACAGGCGUGGCAAUAGUUGUGCCAGCAAUGGCGGCGAUGAUUGCGAUGAUAAAAGUUGACCUCAUUUAAUAAUGAUGUGUAUAUGUGGGAUAGAUAAUGAUUUAGUUGGACAAAG